GCAAACAAAUCUGCAGCCAUCACACAUCUCCCUCGAGCAACAAUAUCCAUUACUCAUUUCCAAACUCUCAUCCAAUUCACGAUGCGCACUUCAAUCUGGUCUUUAGUCGUCACGGCUGGCUCUUGUCUGGCUCAAGGCGACCUUGGGGCACUUCUCGCUUCUCAAUCGGACCUCAGUACUCUGCUCGAACUGGUCAGUCUCGUCGACGGUCUUGCAGACACACUUUCGGCAGCUUCCAACAUCACCAUCUUCGCACCCACCAACGACGCAUUCGCCAGAGUUCCACGCAACGAGCCCGAAGGAGCAGCCAUCGAGUACCGCAACGAGACAAUCGCAGUCGCAGCUCUUCUCGCAAAUCACGUCUUCAAAGGAGUCUACCCUUCCGACGUCAUUACUGAUGUCCCUACAUUUGCUCAGACUUUGCUGAACAGCUCGUACAUCACUCCCACUCAGCCUUUCUCUAACAUCACUGGAGGCGCUUACAAUGGACUUGUCAAGAAUGGCGAUGACGUCUGCGUUCUGUCUGGAGAGCAGACUAUCUCUACUGUGACUCAAGCUGACAUCAUGCUCGGUGAGGGCAUCACAAUCCACAAAGUCGACACGGUAUUCUCUUUUGGUGCUCCCCUGCAACUCUUCACCUACAGAGCCGGUUACUUGGACAUGAACGCUGCCCUUGAAGCCGCCGACCUCGGGUUCGACGUGGGUCUCAGCGGUCCCGAUCAAAAAGGUCUCAACAUUUCCGACUUCACCAUCUUCAUCCCUACCAACGAAGCUUUCGAAGCUAUCGGAUCUAUUCUCGCUUCUGCCGAUCUCGAGACCCUCCAGACAGUCCUCAAGUACCACAUCAUCCCCAACAAUGUGAUCUUCUCGCCGUCUCUGGGAAACGUCACUGUCACUUCUUUGCAGGGUGACAACUUGACUUUCACUGUUUUACCUGAUGGUACCGCUUGGGUCAACAAUGCAAAGAUCACCUUCCCCAACACCAUUUUGUACAACUGUGUCGCUCACGUCAUCGACACUGUCCUUGCUCCUGGCGAAUUCGACCGUGCAUCCCUCCAGCCCUCCGCCGCAGCAGCCGAAAGAGUCGCCUUCCCCAGCGCUUCCGCAGUCGCUAAGCUGCCUUUCACCAGUGUUGCUUUCGAAGGAGACACCAUGACCUACUCGUCUACUCCAGCACUUCUCCAGACCGUCGCUGCUGUUGCUACUUCUCGGUCCAACGCUGCUGCCACUUCUCGUCCUACUGCCAAUGCUACCACAUCCAGCCCGCCUCUUGCAACCUACACUGGGUCUGCUAUCGGUUUGACCACCAGCGCUGCUAUGGUCAUGGCACUCGCUGUUGGUAUUGCUGCUCUUCUGAUGUAGGCUCCCACCGUUGAGAUACUCGAGCUCCACGAUUCGAUACUUCACCGGGCUUCCCAUCGAGGCAUCUUCCCUGCAUCUUACGCCCGGUGGUCAAACUCACUUGCCGGUAUUCGAUCUGAUUUUCGUCCCUUUUAUUUCUGCUGGUUCUUAUUGCGAUGCUUUCAUCUUUCCGCGCCAUAUAAUAUUUGAUUGUUGUGUUUAUCUAAGCGAAGCC